GUCGACGACUUGCUUGUUUUCUGGCGCACUGGAGUCUUCUAUUCCCGCACAUUCAACUAUUCGUCCGGACGGCUUGCUCGUUGUGCCUUGGUGCCUGUGGUUUGUGACCUGCUCGCCGCACGACAGGUAUCGGGCUUCGGAGCUCACAACGCCAAGUACUUCUGCAGCAUCUGUAAGCUUCUUCACCAGGACCGCAACAACAUCGAUUUCAGGAACUGGCCGAUGCGUUCUCGCGAAGAACAUCGCGAAGCCGCUUUGGCCUGGCGCGACAAGAGUAGCAAGAGCCAAAGGAAGAGGGCAUUCCGGGAGAAUAGCGUCCGAUAUUCUGUGUUGCUAGAGCUUCCUUACUGGGAUCCUAUUCUCUACACGGUCGUCGACUCCAUGCACAACCACUAUCUUGGCUUACUACAAUUCCAUGUUCGAGAUCUGUGGGGAAUGGCUGCGGACGGCGACGACGGUCAGCCCGAAGAAGAAGUUCCUCUCGAUCUGGAGGACAUUCGCAACGCGGAAUUUCAGCUUACGAAGGGCUCGAAAACGUCACUCAAGAAGUGCAGCCAACCUAUAUUGUUGUAUUUGUGCUCAGUUCGCAAAAUUGUGCCAGAAAACAAAGCUACGAAGAGGAGCAUGGUCGAUGCACUUAUGGAUUGGGUGAGUGGUGUUCUCAGCGCAGCCCCACAGAAUCUUCGCGACAGCGUCGAGCUUCUUAAGAAGGCACUUCGGGACAGAAAAGCAUCCUCGAGUAUAAGCAGAAACUUCGCCGCGGGGGCGCUACAAGCAUUGUGCCGUGAGCUUGGGAUCAGCCCGGGUGGUAACAAGAAAGAUGACGCUAUCAACGCCCUGAUUUCUUCUCACUUGAAAAAACAACCACAGCACACUGCCGGUCCCAGUUCCGCACCAUCUUCAUCGAGUACAUCUACUCCACGCGCGUCCGAGCCACCGCACAACGAAGACCCAGUACGUGCGUUUUACCGGGGAGAACGUCAAUCAGUAGUAGUCCUCGGAAGACAUCUUCUUCAAAAGGUUCAUGAAGCGAUGCCGAAAACUCUGCUGCCCUCUUGGAUGAAUCCUGUUCCAGCGAAUGUAGGCAUGAAAGCGAGAGGCAAGCUCAGCGCCGAUCAAUGGCACACAUUCUGUGUCGUAAAUCUACCGGUUGUUCUCAUCCCACUUUGGCACGGUCAAGACGAACGAGAGCGCGGCAUGCUGAACAACUUCAUGGAUCUAGUGACCAUGAUCGUCAUUGGAGGUCUUCUAGAGAUGUCGGAAGAUAAAGCGAGUCUGUACGAGGAAGUUGCAUCACGGUAUCUCAAGAAGGCUCUCGAGCUCUACGACUUCACCGUCACCCCCAACCAGCACAACUCUUUGCACAUUCCAGUCUUCUUCCGCCUUUUCGGUCCCCUCCACUCUAUCCGAACGUUUUUCUCCGAACGUGAAAAUUUCAAGCUCCAACGCCGCAAUACAAAUUCCAAGUUCGGCGAGCUUGAAAUCACAUACGUGAACCAGAGCUGCCGAGAAGCCAACCUUCGUGUACUGGCUGCCGAUGAGCGGAUUCGCGAAGAUGUCGCAGAGAUCGUGCAAGCAUUUGAACGUGACGCAACCGAGGAUCGUCGGGGGACCAGAUUGCGGGAAGCAAAUGCUCUUGGUAUCGGCCUCGUCCCGCAUAAUCAACACAAGCCCCGAGAACCUGCCGCUCUAGACGACCACUGUUUUGAGGCGCUCGUCAAGUUCUUCAAUACGAAUACCCAUGGCCAGCGAUACGCAUCAUACAACGAUGGCCCUAUGGAAGACGAUCACGUCAUUCUGCUAUUCAACAGCGCCGUUCCCUGUGACGGCGUGUACGCACACGGAGUCACGUUCCGCAGCUUUUCGAAGUCUCAGAAAGACUGCAACGUGUUGUUUCGCUCAAAAACUGCGCAACAAGGCAUCCUCGCGGGUCGUAUCAAUCACGUGUUCAAAUACGCUACCUCCAGCGAACCUGAAGAAUGCACGUAUCUGUUCGUGACGCCCCUGCUGGAACUCACCACGGCCGACGCAGAGCACGAUCCGUUCAGGAGUUACCCUUUGGUUGGAGGGCAACUCUAUUACGGCGAGUAUGCUGAACCGAUCAUUAUUGCGGCCGACCAACUGGUGUCGCACUUUGCACGAACGCCUAUCGAGAUAGCAAACAUCGAGAAAUCAUGUAUCCACGUAUUACCGUUGGACAAGGUAAAC